AUGGAGAUUGCUGUUCUGAGGCCGUACCACCGGCUCGGGGCGGGGGGGGGGGGGGGGGGGGGGGGGGGGGGACUCCGUUUCCAAGGCCAAAGAGCACGGGGACUUCUCCUUAACCUGCCGUGCUCCAGCGGCCUGGACAACGCUGGCAAAACCACCAUCCUCAAGAAGUUCAAUGGGGAAGACAUUGACACCAUCUCCCCGACGCUGGGCUUCAACAUCAAGACCCUGGAGCACCGAGGAUUCAAGCUGAACAUCUGGGAUGUGGGCGGCCAGAAGUCCCUGCGGUCCUACUGGCGGAACUACUUCGAGAGCACAGACGGCCUCAUCUGGGUGGUGGACAGUGCUGACCGUCAGCGCAUGCAGGACUGCCAACGGGAACUCCAGAGCCUGUUGGUGGAGGAGCGCCUGGCUGGAGCCACCCUCCUCAUCUUUGCCAACAAGCAAGACCUGCCCGGAGCACUGUCCUCUAACGCCAUCCGUGAGGCCCUGGAGCUGGACUCCAUCCAUAGCCACCACUGGUGCAUCCAGGGCUGUAGCGCCGUCACCGGGGAGAACCUCCUACUCGGCAUUGACUGGCUCCUGGAUGACAUUUCCAGCCGCAUCUUCACGGCCGACUGAAGCAUUCCGGAUGCCCCCCACCUCACAGUCCAGCCCCGCCCCCGCCCCCAGCCCUCAUCAGGCACCAUCCAUGGGGGAAUGCGAGUCAGCCAGCCUGGCGAACACCCCCAACCCCGCGCCUAAAGCUGCUGCUCUGUGGCCCGCCGGCUCCCGUGGCUGGAGGGCUGCCGCCCUGGCUCCCGACGCAGCCCGCCCGCAGCCGCCAUCCGGAGAAGAGGGAGAGGAGAGGGCCGGGCCCGGGAGGGGGCUGCCUCUGCUGCUACCAAGGCUGUGGGCCUCAUCCUUUGCUCAGCCGUGAGAAUAAACCGUUCCUUGCCCCAGUAAAAAAAAAAAAAAAAAAAAAAGAUGCUCUUAUUGGCAAAUUAUUUUUUAAAAAGCAGUUCAAAGUGGCUUAAUAAGAAAAUGGAUCAUAUCACUUAACAAGAACUGUCCUUAUCACAAUGUGAGUUGAAGUUAAUGCCACCUGGGAAAAAAAAAGCCAUUAGUUUGAAAUAAGUUAAAAUCAAAUUUUGCAUUGAAAGCCUUUAAACUGAUAGUUAAAAAUUCACUCACUUUGCGGUUUUAUUCAUGAAACCUCUGAUUUCAUACCCAUAGCCAUUCUCAACCAGUAUAGGGAGUGUCCUCCCCCUUCUUUGAAGACUGUUAAUUCAACAAAUGUUUAAUGAACUGCUUUUAUAGAAUUAGGCCUUGGAUUCAAAACCAAAAAUGAUGAUUCCUGCCGCCAAGGCUCUUACAGCCAAACGGAGGUGACAGAAAAAUAAACAAUUGUAAAAUAGCCUGAUGGGCAAUAAGAAGCAGGUCCAGAAGCUAGGGGGGCAUUUUUAAGGAUUUAUCUAACCAGAAUGGCUGGGGCCAGGCAAGGCUUCUCACAUCUUAAGCUGAGUCCUGAAGGGCACAUAAGAGUUGGCCAGGUGAAUUCUGAAGAAAGAGAAGGGCGUCCUAGGUAAAACAUUAGUAGAGUUGAUCCUCAUUUGCAGAUUCCGUAUUUGUGAAUUCGCCUACUUGCUAAAAUUUGUUUGUAACCCCAAAAUCUAUACUUGUGGUGCUUUUGUAGUCCUUCACCAACUGGUAUACAGUGGCAGAAUAGGUGAGUCACCCAACACAGGUGUUUCCAGUUGAUGUCAAACAAGGUGACACUGCCUUGUUUCUGCUCUCAUACUGUAAACAGCUUUCCUUUUUGAACGAUAUUUAUUACUGUUUUCAUACUUCCUGGGGGCUUUUUGGUGAUUGCACUGCUUGUAAUGUCCCCCUAGUAGUAUAGUGCUGCAGUACUGUCUAGUACUCCUAAAUGCAAGAAGGCUGUGAUGUGUCUUUUUUUUUUUUUUUUUUUUUUUUGGUCGGAGAGAGGGAGCACGUUAGCGCAUACAAGCAGUGGGAAGCAGACUCUCUGCUGAGCAGGGAGCCCAUGCAGGACUCGAUCCCAGGACCCUGGGAUCAUGACCGGAGCCGAAGGCAGAGCCACCAACUGAGCCACCCAGGCGUCCCAAGGCUGUG